ACACUAAAUAAGCUUUAAAAAAAGAAAGAUAAAAGAUAAGAGAGAAAUGUGAAAAUGAGGCAAUAGAAAAAUAAAGAAAAAAGCAAAGCAAAGCAAAGAGGGAGAAUUUUCGAAAGCUUUAAGCUAAGCUAAGAUGCUAAGAUUUACUCUCUUAUGGCUUCUCGUUUUCCUUUUUGCAUCUAUUUCUUCAUCAUCAGCACGGCCUGCACCUUAUGCUAUGCGUAUAAGCUGUGGAGCUCGUCAAAAUAUCCGCACCCCACCAACCUAUACACGUUGGUAUAAAGAUUUUGCAUAUACCGGGGGAAUUCCAGCUAAUGCAACGGCACCAAGUCAUAUCACUCCUCCACUAAAAACACUUCGCUAUUUCCCUCUGUCUGAAGGACCAGAAAAUUGUUACAUAAUUAAUAGAGUACCAAAGGGGCACUAUUCUGUGAGGAUCUUCUUUGGAUUAGUCGAGCAUGAGAUUGAUAAUGAACCUCUAUUUGAAGUAUCUGUUGAAGGCACCAUAAUUCAUUCAUUGAAAUCAGGUUGGUCUAAAAAUGAUGAACAGGUGUUUGCUGAAGCCCUUGUGUUUCUUUUGGAUGGCUCAGUAUCUAUUUGCUUCCACAGUACCGGUCGUGGAGAUCCAACAAUUAUUUCUAUUGAAAUUCUUCAAAUUGAUGAAAAAGCGUACUAUUUUGGACCAGAAUGGGGUAGAGGUGUAAUCCUGAAAACAACUUCAAGACUGACUUGCGGCACAUCAAAGCCAAAAUUUGAUGAAGAUUAUAGUGGGGAUCAUUGGGGUGGAGAUAGAUUUUGGCAUCCCAUCAGAACUUUUGGAAAAAAUGUUGAUGCACCGAGAUCUACUGAAAGUGGCAUUAAAAAAGCUUCAACUGUGCCGAACUUCUAUCCAGAAGCGCUUUACCAAAGUGCUGUUGUUAGUACUGAUAGUAAGCCUGAUUUAGCUUAUACGAUGGAUGUGGAUCCGAAUAAGAACUAUUCAAUAUGGUUACACUUUGCAGAAAUUGAUGCUACCAUCACCAGUGCAGGGAAGAGGGUAUUUGAUGUCCUGAUAAAUGGUGGCACUGUAUUUGAAAAUGUAGAUGUUGUGGGCAUGAGUGGUGAUCGCUAUACUGCACUUGUACUUAACACAACUGUUGCUCUUAGUGGGAGGACUCUGACAAUAACCCUUCACCCCAAAAAAGGAAAUCAUGCUAUCCUUACUGCCAUUGAAGUCUUUCAAGUUAUAGUUGCUGAGUCCAAAACUUCUCCUGAAGAAGUUAGGGCUUUGCAGGCAUUGAAGAAAUCAUUGGGGCUGCCUAAUCGUUUUGGGUGGAAUGGAGACCCAUGUGUUCCCAAGGAGCAUCCAUGGAGUGGAGCAGACUGUCAUUUUGAUAAAUCUGGCGGAAAGUGGUUCAUUGAUGGCCUUGGUCUCGGCAAUCAAGGUCUGAGGGGUUCCUUGCCUAAUGAAAUAUCCAAACUACAUCACCUGCAGAGCAUAAACUUGAGCGGAAACUCAAUUCAUGGGGUCAUUCCAUCGUCACUUGGAACAGUCACCAGCUUAGAAACCUUAGAUCUUUCCUACAAUUUCCUUAACGGAUCAAUUCCUGAAAGCCUGGGAAAGUUGACUGCAUUACGCAGACUGAAUCUUAACGGCAAUUCUCUGUCUGGAAGAGUCCCAAGUGCACUCGGAGGAAGGCUUUUGAAUGGUGCUAGCUUCAAUUUUACCGAUAAUCACGGUCUCUGCGGCAUACCUGGACUACCAAAAUGCGGACCCCACCUCUCUGCUGGUGCGAAGGUUGGCAUUGCCUUUGCUGUAUUUUUGUCUCUUGUACUUCUUGUUAUCUGUUCAAUAUGUUGGUGGAAACGGCGACAGAAUAUCCUUCGAGCACAGCAGAUUGCAGCUGCAUCAAGAAGUGCUCCCUAUGCAAAAGCAAGGACUCAAUCAUCACACGAUAUUCAGAUGUCAAGGAAUCCUAGUCGUGGCCGGACAGCUUCCGAGAAUGGGCCGAGCUUGCUAUCGUGAUCCAAUCAGUUUUCCAUCUCUUUGUUGUGUUUAUUUUUGACCAGGAAGAUGAAUUGCAGAAACAACCGAGUUGAUUUUAGUUCAUGAUGCCCUCUGCCUAUUCUCUUGACAAGCAAACCGGUAAAAGCCGAUAGAGUCGCACCUAAAAGGUAUGAUAACCAUGAAAAAUUGAUACUAAAUGCAGCAAAAAUGAAUCGUUUUGUACAUUAAUUUGUUUGACUCUUCUUUUUUCUUUAAAUCAGUUUUGUCAAAAAAAAAAAAAAUCUUGUAACUAAUUGAAGAACUAACUAAAUGCAUAUAAAAAGGAAGAAGCCAAUAUUGUUUCCACCUAUAUCUUUUGUGCGGUGAAACCAGAAAGGGAAAAGUGAUGUCUACUGGCUUUUUCAUCUUCUUCAUGGCAGAAAGGAAACAAAAGGAUUCUAACAAUUGUAAGCAUAGCUUAAUCCUUUAAAUUCAUUCUCACAAGUUUUAGGUUCCUUUUAUUUAUUAUUCAAGUGUUGUUUAGAAUGUUAACAAAAUAUAAAGGCUAAGCUAUGCUAUGGUAUUAAUAUUAUAUGAUUUUUUGUUUA